GCCGGCGCUCAGGCGGCGGCGGCCGGGGCGGCGGUAGCGCCAGCGGCGUUGGCCAGAGCGUUGGCGGCGUUGGCCAGAGCGUUGGCGGACGCGAGCCGGCCGGCGACGGGCAGCUCGGCGGUGGCCCGCGCGCGAGCGGCUUCUGGAGCUUGUCUCUGCCGCACCCCGCGACACACGACAGGCGGCUGUGCGCUCGCUCGAGCACUCGGUGGGGCGGGGAGGCAGCGAACCGGCGCGGGGAGCUCGCCCCAGCCCUGGAAAGUGUGCAAAAGCCACCGCAGAGUUGGCACCGUGCUACGGAGGAAUCCACCCGUCUCGGCACGACCGCUUCUGUCUGUUGGAUCCGUUAGGGACUGUCUAACCCGCGCAGGGUUUUCUGUUUUAGAAGUUAAAAAAAAUUUAAAAAAUUGGCAUCCAUCCUCAUUUCGACACCCAGCACCCCCGAUUUUGGUCGACUUUCUGGCUGCAUAUUGGAGUUGGACGGCAUUUGGAAUUGGCAUGAAAAAAUAGACGAUUACAUUCAUGGAUAACCAACAAGAUAAAGCUGUUGUUGCCUCAGCCAAUGGAGAAAACAUUCUGAUGAAUGGUGUCAAGGAAAAUAACUCCGAGGACCAGGAUGUGACAAUGAAAUCAUUUGCAGUUCUAGAAACUGCUGCACCCAUCCAGUCUAUACCAGUGGUACCAAAAGAGAACCUAAUGUACCCCAGAGGUCUCCUACCUCUGCCUGCAAAGAAGCCCUGUAUGCAGAGUCCUCCUUCUUUAGGCCUGAUAGAAUCACCUGAGCUUGCUGCUAACAGUAAUUCUGUGAAUGCUAUCUCCCUCACAUCUGGAAUUGCAAAGGGCCUGAACACAUGGUCACUUCCCAAUGAGUGUGACAAAGCUCCCUUUACCAUAAUGGAGCCUGCAGGCAUCUCAGCUCUUAAUGGAGACUGCCUCAUGCAGCCAAGUCGGACUUGCUUGGGCUGCUUCAUGGAAUCGAAGGAUACUGUGGAACCUGAGCCAGGGAUCAGUCUAAAAGUUAGUGAUCUAAAUCGGGAUUAUGAAACCUGCGCAGUCUCUGAUAUAGGAAUUCAAUGUAUUAAUGCUGGAGAAAACAUAAAAUAUGGAGAACAACUACUCUCAGACCAGCUCCUCAGUUUUCCCCUACAUAAAUCAAGGGCAGGAGAUAGACAAGAUGCUGAGAAACCUGACAUUGACUUGGAAGAUCCAGCUCAGAAAAGUUACUAUGAGGCAUUACUAUUAGAUAAGUGCAAUACAGAAGAGUCUUUACUGGCAAAUUCCAAUCAGGACUGGGGAUACUUUGAGACUUUCAUUAGUGAGAGUAAGAUUGAACUGCUUGAUCUGUGUUCCAAGAAUGAGUUGUCUGUCAACCUGUUCUCUGAAGAAGAUGUGGAUAACUACAUGUUUGAUGAUGAUGAGUCAACAUUAGGCAGUGAUGUCUGCUCCCUGAAAAUUCGAUAUGAAUCCUUCCAGGACAACGUUCGAGACAAGACAACUCUUCUGAUGCAGGAGGAUGCCCAAUUCAACUUCUUUCCCAGUGUCUUUACAACUUGCCCCAAGAGGGAGCCUAAAAGUGGGGCACUAAAGCAGACCAGUGAUCUCUCCCAAUUUAAGAUUCCUGAUGUGAGUAUCAUCUGGGGAGAGGAAGAUAAAACCAUGGAGAAGAAGAAAGGAAAAGAGGAAGAAGAGAAAGACAAAGGCAUAGAGAAAAAGAAUGAAAAGGAUAAUGGAGAAAAAUCUGUCUUACAUAAACCAUGCAACGGGACUGAAGUGGAGCAAUUUAAGAAUACAAAGCAAGACCAGCUUACUAAUUCUUUGGAGGCAUCAGGGAAUUUUACUGAGGAAAGUUCAUUCGUUGAAGUAUCAUAUGAUGCUGUGGGGGAGAUCAAGGACUGUAGCCGCUAUAUGGCCCGGGACACCAAUUCUGGCAGCACCUCCACCCAGCAAAAUUAUGGACUGCGAGCUAAGAGAAAAGUCAGGUAUAGUGAAGAUUAUCUAUAUGAUGUUGACUCUCUAGAAGGUGAAAAAGUCAAUGAGAGGAAGGAAUGGCUACCUGGUGGUUCCAAAGAUGAAGAUGAUGAUGAGUGGUGUCCUAAAAAGAGAAGAAAAGUAACCCGUAAAGAGCCUCCAGUUAUUAUCAAAUAUAUCAUCAUCAAUCGCUUUAAAGGUGAGAAAAACAUGCUUGUGAAACUGAGCAAGGUGGAUGCCAGUGAGACCACAGUAAAAUUGAACGAGGCUCGGCUCAACAAGUAUGCCAAGCUGGCCCCUUUGAAGGGUUUCUGGCAAAAGAAGAAGAGGCAGAGAAACAGCAACACAACUUCCAAUAAGACAUCCUUAUGCCAAAAGCAAAGCUUUGAAUCGGGUAGCUUUGAGGUGCCACCAGCUCGCAAGCGAAAAUCUAAACUUGGUAGCAGGCACAGGGUUCAAAGAAUUCCGUCCUUGGAAACUUCAGCAGCAAGUAGUAAGCACAUUUCAUUCUGUAAUGAUCAGAGACAAGCUGGUCAUUGUAAAGAAGAUGGAGGCCUAGAAGGUGCAUUGAAGCCAGCUCCUCUGGCUUCCUCCAGCCAUGCAAAUGGAUCACAUUUAAAUGAUAUCACUGGCUCUGACUCGGCACAAGGCAAAGCAGAAUUUAAGAGUCCAGAGCGUAAAGUGCUGAACAAAAUCAAAUUUAAAAGUGAAGCUAGGUUAAAAUCCAAGAAAAUCAAAGCUGGGCAAGAGAGCAAGGCAGUUGUUCAAAUGAACCCUCUUUCAGAAGACAAAUCCUCCAAGGACAAUUUAAAGGAUGAGACUGUUUCUGGAACCUCAAACAAUUCCCAUGUAUCUGAAUUUCAGGAGGUAAAAAUUUCAAAGAAUUCUACUUUCCUACCAACCACUUGCUCUUCUGAAUUAGCACCAUCCUCUGCUAAUGUUGCCACUAAUAUACCUGUUAUCCCUGGAGGGUAUCUUCAGACACUGUUAGAUGCUUCUGACUUGUCAAAUAAUACUGGUCUCUCAUACUUUACUCACCAUUCUCCGGAGGAAAAUGAAGAUAGACUCACUCAAACAGAAAAAUCAUUUGUUCCUCUCCAGCCUUCCCAAGACUGUAUGCUUUCCUUGCCUUCUGUGUCAGAGCUGCAGCAGUCAACCCAUAAUUUUAAAAUGGAAUCCAGCAACUAUGGAAAUGUGUGGCCCAACAAGCCUGCUUCUGGUCCCCAGGAAUUUAUGACUGAAAUCUCAAGGGAGAUAGAUACAACUCAAUCUCUUGAAUUCGGAGUCUCACAAGUGGUUUCUAUGGAAAAUAAUCUUACAACUACAACAUAUAAUCCAGUCUGCCUCAACAAUGGAGACAGUAAUGGCAACAGGGUCCUAUAUGCCUCUGUGCAAGACACCCAGCUCCCAACUGAUGAUUCUUACCAAUUAUGUCACUAUAAUAAUGGAGAAAUCUGCUUUCCUUUCCAGCAGGGCCCAGUCAAUAUGGAUGAUGGCCGGCUCUUUAACUUUGAUUCAAUGGCCCCACUGGCAGUAAACUCAAGCAAUUAUUGUUACUUAAACUUGAAAUCCUGUGAAAAGGACGGUGAUGAUGAUAUCGUUGAUGACUUUCUGGCUCAUUGCAGUCCUAAGCUGGUGAUCCAGCAAAGUAUUGAUGAAGUAGCACCACUAAAAGAAUCCACUGACCUCCUGGAUAUCUCCAACUUCACUCCUGACAAAUUCCGCCAUUCUUCUCUCUCAGAAAUGUCUCCACCUGACACCCCCAGCCUCUCUCCUCAAAUUGCUAGAUGUGAGAAUAUCAAGACACUAGGAACGAUGAAGUGUUUCCAAGAAGGUGUCCCAGAACCACUGAGCAGCAUGGACAAAAUCAAGUGGGAUGAUGGUAACUUACAGCACAUCCAGGUGGAUGAUGGAUUUACUUUAAAUAACCAUCAAUUUCAGUUCCAUAUGUUCAACGAUGAGGAUUCUGUAAGUCUGCUCCCCCAAAACCUUUGCCUAUCAGCAUAUAAUGAUCCAUCUUGUCAACUGAGUGCCAAUAACAAAGUGUCAAAAUCAAGAAAGAAAACUUCACCAAGCAAGAAUGGGGCUACAAAUCAAAGCUCUUCUCAGAAAAAUCCCAGGAAACGAUCCCCCAAAGCCAAUAACAAAGGAAUUGAAAAACCACCUGGAAAAGCCUCCCGCCAGACUGCUAAGUCAACAAAGAAAGGAAAAUACAUGACUACAAUCAAUGGAGAGAAAAUGCAAGUUGGCAAUGGCCGUGGGGUAGGUCAAACUAAUAAUAUAACCUCAAGUGGCAAGACAUUGACCGAAUGUAUCCAAAAUGGUAGCCCUGUGGCUUCUGCAAAAACGACAAGUCAGAAAAGACUUUCUGGAGAUUGGGCUUUGGGGAAGGAGAGCAGCCCAGGCUGUUGCGACAUGAGCUUGGGUACCAACACCACUAGCCUGCUUGAGGAUGACCAACGGGAAUUUCAAGAGCCCUCCUAUAUCUUAUCCAACAUUGCUUCUGGUAUGGCAGAUGUGCAGAGAUUUAUGAUGGCCUCUAUAGAGCCCCUUUGGGAACCCAUGGAACACUCUGGGGACCCCAACAUUUUCUACUCUCCUGAGUCUAACAGCCUAAAAUUAAAAACCCUCAAAAUAUUGGCUGGGACACCACUAGAGUCUAAGAAAAAAGUCAACAGUGUGUCUCCGGGAGCCGCUAAGAAUCACAGAUCCAUCAAGGGUGUAAGUAAAAGCACUGGGAAGGCACCAAUAGGUGAACCUGGUCGUGCAAACAUACCAUAUAACGAGGACUCUCACUCUGCCUUCUUUGAUAAGAAGUAUAGCAACCUGAGCACUUUAGGUAAUAACGGACCGACACACAAAAAGUUAUAUCGUCACAAAUCAAGUUCCAAGUCCCUGAGAGAUGAGAAAUGUAAGGGAAAGUGCAUGCAACGUGAACAGGUCCACAAGGAUGAGGCUGGGACAGCUUCUUAUGAAAGACUGAGGUAAUACUACACUAAAAUGGCUGAGAUGGUGCACCAUUAGCUUUUCUCCUACAGGCUAAGCCCACAGUCACUCAUUUUUUCCUUCUUGAGAGCAACAAAAAUUUGCAUGAAAGAAACUGUCACAUUCCCUUCUUUUUCAAAUAAAAAGUGCAUGAACAUGCCUUUACCUUAAAGCCACCCAACAGUUUGAACAAUAUUUUUGUGGCUUGGCAAGGGAUAUCCCACAAGGCUACUUUUUCUGCUAUCCCACAUUCAUUUUUAUUUAUUAAGGAAAUGGGACUUAAAUUUGCUCAUGAGUCAUUUUGUGAAGGGAAAGUUUCCACAUUAUGAAAAAUUGUAAACAACAGACUUAUAUGGUUAUAUAGACAAAAGCCAAGAUAACCUAAAUAAAAGAGCAUAAUUUGAAGAACAAAAUCUCAUGUGGCAAUUAGGAGUGCUUUCUAGUGCCCCUUGGUAUUUGUAUCUUUUUCUGUACUAUAUGACAUCAAGCAUAACGUACACAAAUUUAAAUUGUAUGAUCUCUUUGUGGGACAUACACUAAAGAUAACUAAGAUGGCAUAAAUUGUUUGGUUUUUCUGCAGGGAUUUUGACUACAAUCUCCUAAAAGCAGAUAUGGCAUUUUGGGUUUUACCUGUGUUUGAAGAAGAGACUCGCAUGUUCUAGAAAGACAUUUGAUGUUUCUGUUUUUAUUUCUUUCAAAAUAUGCCUUGUGAUAUGUAUGUUGACAUGUAAGUGCUUAAAGAAAAAAAGUUAAUUGUGGGAAUAAGUCUUACAAGGCAAAGUUUAAUUUGACAUUCUAUGUAAAAGACUUUAAAAGUCAUACAGUUGCACAAGUAGUUUACACACUAUUUACCCACAAGGAAAAGAGUAAAACAUUGUACCAAACUACAAACAAGUGGCUGUAUUGUAUAUAUUUUUACUUCUAUAUCAACAUUUGGUUGUGAGUAUUUGGGGAGCUUGUCCCUAUUGAUUUACUAGAAAUAUUCCAGUGAUUCUUGCUAUCAACCACCCCCACUUAUGUGGAUAGCACCUAUAGAUCACAGUGGAAAAAACAUGUUGUGACACACAAUUUACCAAAACUUAAAGGAUACUGUUUGAAAUGUGCCAAAUUUCCUUACCUCAUCUUACAGAUUCACCCCACAAUUUAAAGCUUAUUAAUGAAUUGAAAUAUAUAUACAUAAUUACAUUAUUUAAAAUAUUUAACUUUACUGUCCUUUAUGGAUAUAUGAACAGUUAAACAAGGCACAAUAAAUAUUUGUUUGUUCCAUUGUCUAAUGGUUAAAAUGUUGGAAAAGUCUGGAAGUCGCAACAGCUAAGUCCAUCAGGGACCCAGGUAUAUGCAUUUACAGUACCUUUUGAAAGGAAACAAACAGCUGCUUGAAGGUUUGUUUUUAAAAGUGAAAUCUGUAGCUGAAAAUUAUUUAAAGGGCAAAGUUAUAUUGCUGAUACUUUAUAUCUCAGUUUUAUAUUUUAUAAUAGUCUGGGAUAAAUUAUAAAAUAGUUAUAAAAUCAACACUAAAGAUAAAUAAAAUACAUAUAUGGCUUUUAUUUAAGUAGUUUUCUAAAUGUUUUAUUACAGUUCUGUCAAGUGCAUUCAUAUCAUGGCUUUAGUGUUUUUUAAGUGUUUAAUCUUGCAAUGCCAAUGUCAUUUAAAGAAAAUGUUAAGGCAUAUUGAUCCAAUUCUUAUCAGUUACAUAUACAUAUGUAUAUCAAAAAAUUGAACAGUUUGUGGUAACAAAUAAUUGGGGUCAUAUAGUAGAUGACUAGUAUUUGAUACCAAAUGCCAAACUCAAAUCUCAAUUUCUAUAUAAAUUUUUAAUUCAUAAUUUUUAUUUACCCUUCCUCCUUUUAAAGAAAAACUUCACAGCUUCAACAUCCCUCAUUACUAGCUUUUUCUUCCCCUUUAUUUCACCACUUGACUCCUAACAUUUGAUCUAUUUUCCUUGCACAGUUUAAGGCCUGUGUGUCUGAUGACUGAUGCAUAAUGGCACAGAUGAGAUAAUGGAUGUGAAAGCGCUUUGUAGAUCUUAAAGUGCUAUACAGAUAUAGGGGAUUAAUAUUAUUAAUGUUGUUGGUUGUUGUUGUUGUUACUCUUAAUAUUCUUACUAAUAUUGUUACUAACCUAUUAACUUGUGAAUAUAU